AUGGCCUCCGCCUCCACCAGUGCCAGUCGCCCCGCCGCACCCAAGCCGCCCGUCGUCGUCCCCGGCACAGGCAACAACAUCAUCGUCAACCCCUGCCAGCGCGGCAACCCUGUCUUGGAAGCCGUGCGCAAUGUCGGCAAGGAGUUCGGUGAUAUUGUCGCGGACUACCAGGUCGGGCGAACCACCGGUGUCCUCUUUCUGAGUCUGCGGUAUCACCGCUUGCACCCAGAGUAUAUCCACCAACGGAUUGAGCGGCUCGGCCAUGCGUAUACCUUGCGCGUGCUCCUCCUUAUGUGUGACGUCAGUGAACACCAAGAACCAAUACGAGAACUGACAAAGACAUGCCUCAUCAACAACAUCACUAUCAUGGUCGCUUGGAACGCCGAAGAGGCGGGCUACUACCUCUCGACGUACAAACAGUUCGAGAACAAGCCACCAGACCUCAUCAAGGAACGAGUGGACAAGACGUACGACGCGAUGCUGCGCACAGCGUUGACAUCCAUCAGCAAAGUGAACAAGACAGACGUCGAGACUCUCCGUACUACAUUCGGGAGUUUCGCGGACAUCGCACGAGCGAGCUCCGACCAGCUCCAGAAGCUCCCCGGGGUCGGCCAGGUCAAAGCGAAGCGCAUCCAAGACGCUUUCCGCAAGCCCUUCCGGAACAACGCAACAAGCAGCCUCUCAGCCCAGCUACUAGAGACCCACUUGUCCCAAGCCAGUGCAGGCAAGGGCAAGGGCAAAGAGAAGGAGUCGAGCGCGUCCAGCAUUUCCAUUGCCACGUCCAGCCAACCGCCUGCGCCAGCAGCACGCCCUCUGCGUGAGCCCAGUCCUGCGUGGGACAUCGAAUUCGACCUCGACUCGCCGCCGCCCCCAACAGCUACGCAGAUGUCCAACGAUACAGGCGGUCCGUCAACAAACUCCAUAGCACCCUCGAUAGGGGAAUCGACUUCGACACGGAAGCGACCCCUCAGUCCUGUAUGGGAUAUUGAGCUCGAUUUAAACGAGUCCGACGUCGAGGAAGACGGCCCAGGGCCAAGUAAAAAGACGAGGACGGAUGCGGAUUUUGGGGCUCCGUUGUUCUUACAGGAGACUCUUUAGUACAUCGAGAUACAUGUCUACCAGCAACGCGCGAU